AUGAUACGGCUAAGCUUCGCAGUUCUCCUGAAAGCGUGCCUGGGGAUGGGCAAUGACAAGAACAACGCCGAUGUAGCCAGUCCAAUUACUGAUGCAGCGAAUAAUCAUCUUGAAUCUUUCUUCAACGUGCUUACAAGAAAUCCUGAGGCUCGUAAAGGCGGACAAAAUCCUCUCGCCUCCUUUCAUGCAAGCUACCAAGGGGUCAAAUCAUUCAUGAGCAGCUUAGUGAAAUAUCGAAGACACCACCCGUCAUCAAAGAAAGACCUUCUUUCUUCAAUGCUAAGCUCACAUGACGCCCAUUUGCUAUCGGACGAGGAGAUAGAUAGCAAUCUGUUUCUUUUCAUGUUUGCCGGCCACGAGACAACCGCAAAUACUCUUGUCUACAUUAUUUACCUUCUGGCAAUCUUUCCUGAAUGGCAAGACUGGGUUGUCCAGGAAAUCGAUGAGAUAUUCUCUGCUCUGCCAGUGGACAAUGAGGUAUCAUACAAGGACGUAUUUCAUCGGCUCACCCGCCUAAAAGCAAUUAUGUAUGAAACUCUCCGACUCUACGGCCCAGUCGUGGACCUUCUCCGAAGGACAUCUCCAGACGAAGACCAAGCCGUCACCCGCUUCGACGGAUCAAGCGUUUUAAUCCCGGCAAAUACCCUAGUCAAUAUUCUGACGCCAGCAUUACACACAAAUCCAGAUUACUGGGGCUCGGACGCUUUGUCGUGGAAGCCCAGACGAUGGUUGAACAACGAGAACAUUGACAGUGAUAAGGUGGACCAUCUUUUCGCAUGGGCCGAAGGUCCUCGUGCAUGCCCAGGGAGAAAAUUCUCCCAACUCGAGAUAUUUGCCGUUCUUGUCACUCUCCUGCGCCGGGCAUCGGUGCAGAUUGUACCACGGCUGGGUUUGAGUCCUGAAGAAGCCCGAGCAGAGGCAUUGCAGGAGUUGCAAAAUAGUCGAUCGCUUCUUACCUUGCACAUAGAACGGCCAGAAGCUAUUCAUGUUAGAUGGUGCCCACGAGAGUGA